CUCUCCAAUCAGUUCUGUGCUGAUUGGAGAAUGCUAGCUCUGGCAGGUGGUGUAUCAGGCCUCUGCAGAGAGACUACUGUUUCCUCACAUUUUUUUUGCAUUAAAGUGUUACUAAACCCCGGACCCAGCAUUCACUAUAUCUGAUCUCCUGCAGACCCUGCAUUCACUAUAUCUGGUCUCCCCGGACCCCGCAUUCACUAUAUGCAUGGGACCCUGCUUCCCCGGACCCUGCAUUCACUAUAUCUGGUCUCCCUGGACAGUACACUAGAACAUGGAAAUGCAAUCACUAUUUGGUCUCCCCGGUACCCUAAACUCUAUCUGGUCUCCCCAACACUGCAUUCAAAUACCUUUUAUAUCUGGUCUCCCCGUCUUCUG